CGAAAUAUAAUACUUAUAAUAAAGAUCGGAAAAGGGAAACGAGAAGCAACACGGAAAAGAAGUCGGGAUGGCCUUCCUGUCUUAGGCCCUAAGCCACCUUCAGAAACCUUUUCUUCAUAUAUAUAUAUAUAACAAAGAAAAGAAUAAUGGCAGCAGGAGGAACCGAAGCUUUUCCUGAUUUGGGAAAACAUUGCCAACAUUCUGAAUGUAAUCAGCUUGAUUUCCUGCCUUUCCAAUGCAACCGUUGUCAAAAGGUGUUCUGCCUCGAGCACAGGUCGUACAAGUCUCAUGAGUGUACGAAACCUGAUCAGAACAGCAGAAAAGUGGUCGUUUGCGAAAUCUGUUCUUCAUCCAUUGAAACCACCGGACGCAAUGAAGACGAUGAGAAAUUGAUAUUGGAGAAACAUGUCAGCUCUGGGGACUGCGACCCCAAGAAGAAGAAGAAACCUACGUGUGGUGCCAGGCGGUGCAAGGAGGUUUUGACCUUCUCUAAUACAUGCAUUUGCAAGACUUGCCAUUUGAAGGUUUGUUUGAAGCACCGAUUUCCAGCUGAUCAUGAAUGCAACAAGGCUUCGUCUGCUGGGGCUGCGGCUGCUGGUGGUGGUGGUAGGCGGUCCAAUGAUAAAUUUCUGGUUGCUUGGGCUUCUAGGAAUGGGAAAGAUUGUGCCAAAAAUGCCAAGCCUUCUUCGUCAAAACCCAGUAUUUUCUCUGUUAAAAUAUUUUAAUGCCCACAAGCAUCCCUGUAUGCCUGUAUUAUGUUACAAAUAAAAAUGUAUAGUCCAUCCGGGAAUUAUAUUCAACUGAUUUAGAUCUUUCGAAA